AUGAGUGUUGAAAUUGGUAAGGGAAUUUUUAACGGGGGAGGGAUAUCAGAAAAUCAUUCCCUCAUUUUAGCUUCACGGCUUGAGCGCCGAUUGGAAAAGGAUAGGAAGGAACGGCUUGAGGCCGCGGCGAGAGCUAAGGAAGAGAAAGAAGAGAAUAGAAUUAUGUUGAAAGCCAUGUGGGCUGUAAUUCAGGCAAAAGAUAGUGAGAAAAAGGAAGAAAAGUCUGCCCCUGCCCCAGUUAUCACCACGGCAAAACCGACUCCCGUUCCACUCAAUACUAUUUCGGCCGGUCCAGCGGGAACUUCCAACAAUGCUAAGAAUAGCCGGAACCGACCUUACGUCCCGAAUCCUUCACGGCAAAAAGCCGGUCCGUCUCGUAUCCCACCUUACCUGUCAGUUGUGGAAUCCCGCAUCAGAUCAGUCCGUACCCAUACUCUAGCCAUCAUGGAGGAUUUGGAAAGGGCCAACGAUGAAAUUAUUGAGGAACGUUUUGGCUCUCGUAAUCCUCAGUUUGUUCAGGAACUGUUGGCGCUGGAAGCUGCCGCGAAUCGAAUGAAGAGAACUGUGGAAACCGCUUUUACGCGUCUUGACAUGACGCCAUGAUAUUUGGAUUUUUUGCUCGUGGCGGGAAUGUGCCGACUGGCA